GGCCUGUGCAAUAAAUGGGCCCCUCCUGCCGCUGUUCCUGAAGCUGCCCAGGGUGUUGGCCUAGGCCGGGGGAUUGAACCCACCACAGCUCAAGCCCCCUCUGGCUAGUCCUCCCUCCACACCUGGCUGGACCAGGUCAGGCCCAGUCAGUAAGAGGAGACAGAAAUGAGCCCAAGAUUGCGGACCAGGCACACGGUGGAAUGAAGAAAGCCACGCCUCUAAGGAAGAGGACCCGAUUUGGCCACUGACGUGCUCCGUAGAUGUCAUGGCACCCCCAAUACCGGAGCUCCAAAUUCCGCCACGUCUUCGGCAAACCAGCCAGCAAGGAGAAAUGCUACGACUCAGUGCCCAUCACUUGCAGUGUUCACGACAAUCACUUCUGUGCCGUGAACCCCCACUUCAUUGCGGUUGUGACUGAGUGUGCUGGCGGGGGGGCCUUCCUCGUCAUCCCCCUGAACCAGACAGGAAAGUUGGACCCCCACUACCCAAAGGUCUGCGGACACAGAGGGAAUGUCUUAGAUGUCAAGUGGAACCCUUUUAAUGAUUUCGAGAUCGCCUCCUGUUCUGAAGACGCCACGAUUAAGAUCUGGGAUAUCCCCAAGCAGCUGCUGGCAAGAAACCUCACAGCCUUCAGGAAGGAACUGGUGGGCCACGCACGCCGAGUGGGCCUGGUAGAGUGGCAUCCCACCGCAGCCAACAUCCUCUUCAGCGCCGGCUAUGACUACAAGGUGAUGAUCUGGAACCUGGAUACAAAGGAGUCUGUCAUCACGAGCCCCGUGAGGACAGUUAACUGUCACCAAGAUGUGAUCCUCUCCAUGUCCUUCAACACCAAUGGGAGCCUGCUGGCCACCACCUGUAAGGACCGCAAGAUUCGGAUUCUCGACCCCCGUGCAGGAACCGUCCUCCAGGAAGCCAGUUACAAGGGGCACCGGGCCAGCAAGGUGCUGUUUCUGGGGAAGCUGAAGAAGCUGCUGUCCACGGGCACAUCCCGAUGGAACAACCGGCAGAUGGCCCUGUGGGACCAGGACGACCUCUCUGUGCCCCUCAUAGAGGAGGACCUGGAUGGCUCCUCAGGCGUGCUGUUUCCCUUCUACGACGCGGACACCAACAUGCUCUACGUGGUGGGGAAGGGAGAUGGGAACAUCCGCUACUAUGAGGUGUGCACAGACAAGCCUUACCUGAGCUACCUGACUGAGUACCGCUCCUACAACCCGCAGAAGGGGAUCGGUGUCAUGCCAAAGAGAGGUCUCGACGUGUCCAUCUGCGAGAUCUUCCGCUUCUAUAAGCUGAUCACAACCAAAAGCCUCAUCGAGCCCGUCUCCAUGAUCGUGCCCCGGCGGUCGGAAUCCUACCAAGAGGACAUCUACCCCCCAACGGCAGGGGCCCAGCCCUCCAUGACGGCCCAGGAGUGGCUCAGUGGGAUGGAUAGAGGGCCAGUCCUGGUGUCCCUCAGGCCUGGCUCUGAGCUGCUAAGCCCCCGGCCACUGCCUCCAGAGAGACCCGUCUCCAACUCCGUGACACUGGCCUCGCCCUGGCCGAAGGACCAGACAGAAAAGCUAGCUGCAGAGGAUGGCCAGAGGCCCUUCUCUCCGCUGGAGGAGAAGGCACCGAGAUGGCCAGCGGAGCAGAGGCUGGAGGAGAAGAGAUCCUGGCUCACAAAUGGCUUCGACAUUUUCGAAUGCCCGCCACCAAAGACAGAGAACGAGCUGCUGCAGAUGUUCUAUCGGCAACAGGAGGAGAUCCGAAGGCUCCGGGAGCUGGUGAUCCAGAGAGAAGUCCAGGCCAAACAGAUGGAACUGGAGAUCAAAAACUUGCGGAUGCACUCAGAGCAAUUCUGAGCAGAGAUCUCUACCCUCCCUCCCCGCCCUCAGGGACACCACGCAGCUCCGUGGGGAGGUCUGGAACCAAACCGCAGGUCUCCCAAGAACAAUCACUGUUUCUAUAUUUUUUACCAGAAAACAAAACCCUCGGUCACUGAAAGAGAUUCCAGUAGGAUGUGGUGCCGUUUUUUUUCUAUUUGCCUUCUUGCAACGAGCUUCUGGAUGGACUUUGUUUUUAGGUGACACCUUGCCUUCUGUUGAAUUCUGUUUUUAAGAGUCCAUGAGGAGCUAGCACUUCUCACGGGGAAAAAACAUCCUAGAAAGUUAGGAACGGGAAAGACCUCGGAGGUCAGCCUGCCUGUGAUCUUCCGAGCUUGUCCAUAGCGCCGGGGGGAGACCAAGGUGCAGGACGGCGUGCCCCGUGCUCCUCGCCUUCCACCCUGUUCCAGCUAGACAUCUCCCUUCUGUUAUGUGUCCAGCUGCUCUGGAAUACAUGAUAUUGCCACUAAAAAGAAAUUCAGAAGUUGAAAGCCAGUCCUCCGGCCCCUCUCCCUCAUUUUACAGGUGGGAAACUGAGGCCCAGAGAGAGGCAAGUGUGAUUUGCUUCAUGGCAGGGGCUGGCCUGCGCCCCU